AUGACAGAAGAAACUGAAGAAAAGGCUAGAGUGAACUUUCCCUUUCCUUAUACACCAUAUCCCAUUCAAGAGCAAUUUAUGGCUAAACUUUAUCAGGUCUUGGAGAUGGGAAAGAUUGGCAUAUUUGAGAGCCCAACUGGCACAGGUAAAUCAUUAAGUUUGAUUUGUGGUGCUCUCUCGUGGCUCCGGGAUUUUGAAGAGAAAAAGAAACUGGAGGAGGCCCAGCUAUUAGCAAGUAAAAUUGGUGGAAAAGAUGCAGAAGAGGAACUCAAGGAAAGCAAUACAAAGCUUUUAGCCAGCCAGCCAGCGAACAAUGAACCAGACUGGAUAAUGCAAUUUGUGCAGGAGAAAAAAGAGCAGGAAAUGAUUCAUAGACUGAAGGAAGAACAGAUCAAGAGGAAGAAACGAGAAGCAUACCUUGAGCAAAUUCGACACAAUGUGAAACUGAAAUAUGUGUCUAAACGGAAGCGGAUGGAGGAGGAAGAGGCAGAGCACCUGCUUCAGCUCAGCAAGGACAGUUUAUCUACCCCUGCUGAGCCUGGUUCUUUGGAGCUUUCAGAUGCGAGUGAGGAAGAUCUGAUCCUUGCAGAAUACCAGAGUGACGAGGAGCAGAAAACAGGAAAUAGGUUAACUGGAAUGGAUAGUGAUGAUGAUGAUGAUGACCUACAGGAAGAGCAUGUUGCAAAGGCUUAA